CUCCCUCGGUUUAUGCGCGCCGCGCCGCCGCAGCCCUCGGGGCAUCGCCUCUCCACAUCUCCCCGUCUAGGAGAAGCGGCAGUGUCUUUCGCAAAGCCUCGAAAGACACCGACGUAGUAAUCGCGGUAUAAUGUCUCGGCCAUACCAAUUCGCCGAGGAAAAGUCGACGAGGUCGCCGCUAGAUCGACCCCAGCAAAACCUGUAUCCUGCGGGCCAGCCUCCUUCGUUCAAAACAAACGUGAACCGCGCGAAGACAAAGCGAUGGGUUGAGGCAAAAGCGGUCUCGUACGGUGGAGACGAUUGGGGCGAUUACGAUGAAUACGAUGAGUAUGGCGCGGAUGAGCCGCCUCCUGCUCCUCCAUCCAACCCGUCCGUACCUACUGGAUUGCGGCAGAAGGGACAAAGCGCUGCAGAGGCCGGAAGGAGCUUCACAGAUCCUCAGCCCCCGCGCCAGCCGUCCAUACCUCGGAAAAACUCCUUCGAUGCGGGCGAUGAAAGGAGGGCUUUUUCUUCAGCAGCUCCUCAGGGCUUUUCAACAACUUCACCUAUUGAUGCGAGCGCAGCGGGCAGGAAUGGCGGUUUUGGCGAAGCUGCUCCUUUGCAGAAUCAGCAAUACGCAGCACGCACCGUUGCGCAGCCACAGCCAAUUAAUACACAGGUGCCGCCUGGAAGCCGACAACCAAGUGCUUCUCAAUCCGAAAUCAGCGACACCCCUCAGCAUCGUCGAGAUUUCUCCCCUUCAGCUUUACCGCCCCCUCUCCACACGAGGGCGUCUCCUGCGCCAGGCAGUGCCCCUGCAUCACCAGCAGGAGCACGCUUUCCGCCUCGGAAAAGCAGUAUAAGUAACCCUUCGCCUUCUGAAGCACUCGGCCCACAGUUCCCAGCCAAUGUGACCACCAGUGCUUCCGCCCAGUCACUACGAGGCCGCACACCGAGUAAUCCGACAAAGCCGCUCCCAUUUAUCAGGCCUGCAGACAUAUACAAACGAGUGGAAGAGGAGCGUGUAAAGGAGCGCCAGUCCCUAGACUCAGGGCGACCUAGUCUAGACUCCUUGUCCUCGCGGCCUACAGAGGAGCCAACAGCAGGCCGCGGUCUACGGGAGCGCGGGAGUGCUGAGAGCUUAGGUAAAACCGGGAGGCGGCCAAGCAUGGAGCGUGGUGGUGAGGCCGGUGAAUCUGGUCGAUCGCUCCAGCCGCUGGAGCCAGUUGUGGAGCGGAAGAGUGAGUACCUCCCUGACUUCAACCUUGCUAGUCAAGCGACCAUGGGUGGCGAUCCAAGUCUUCGCUCCAUGGUUGACCAGGCAUUCACCCGGAACGACGAUAAUUCUAUUCCUCCCACACCAGUAUCAAAGCAAGACACGUACUCGCAGUCAGGAGACGGAGUAUCCAGGAGCAACACUGAAAGCUCCUAUGGAAUAAGCCCCAUAAUGAGUCGCGUGCCAAGUUCUGCCACUUCAGCUUUGAAGGCUAAGAACGUGGGUGGUGCUGAAACUUCGACUCCGGCAAUUGCAGAAGAGACUAGCGAGACAAGUACGCCAACUUCAAGGCCUCCCUCAGGGGCAAUGCUUGGAGGCGGGUAUAAAGUCAACAGAAAACCGUCGCCUGCUCAUUCUCGGAACGUUUCUUCUGGAUCGCUAGUAGGCACUCCUCCACACCAGACGGGUCUGCACACACCAAGUCCUGCAGAGAGUCCAGCCAGGUCGCCAGCCAUUGAAGCUCAGAAGGCGAUACCAGAGCCUGAAGCCGCUGUUCUCAGUACACUGAACCCACUGCCUCUAGGAAAUCCUAAUGGCAAUGAAAACAGCGUGCUGCCGAACUAUGCGACUAGGGAGGCUGAUAUCGCCACCGUCGCGAAGAGAAACCCAGAAAACACUGACUUGGCGUUGGGUGAGGCGGCGAACGAGUCUCAACGAGCGUUCCUCGAGUCUCAUCAAGGUGUCACCUCUGACUUAGAACGAGCCCCGCGGUCUCGAUCAGAGUCCCCUAGCAAAGGAAGGGUUCAAGAACUUGCCGGAAAGUUCGACGGCAUAUCCGAUUCGCGCCGAGGCUCUACCCAUUCGAGCAUCGCAUCAUGGGAGCGAAGUCAGGAAGACUUGCCCAUCACGGUUUCGGCCAUCAAAAGCAAACCCAACACUCGUGACUCCAGUCCAGUGAAGGCGCCCUUGUCACUACGCCCGACUGCGGACCGUGAGCCCAGUUUCAGACCUAAAUUGCCCGGUCGAUGGGAGUCAUACGCUACAACUGUACCAACACCACUGGAGGAGCCCAGCAAAGAUCGCCAAUUGGGCGGGACUUUUGCACAAUCUGCUGCAGAUGUGGAGCAGAAGAAUGAUAGGAAUGAAGAGGUUGAUCUGACGCCGACUACGCAGCGGCGUUCUGCUUCUCCACACAAAUCCGAUGCUCUCGCUGCUUUACAAGCUGCUGGAAACGCGAUGGGUGAAGCCAUCAAGGCGUCCGUCGGGUUGGGAACAAGCGACGCAGAAACGGGCAAUACGACCUCGAAGGCCCCCCCUGGAAACGUUUUCCUGCGCCCAUUGCAGCUCGAUAGGACUGUCUCUUCGGCAGAAUCGAGCAAUCCACCAUCACCUCCUCCAAAGGAUGGUUCUUUUGAGGACCUGACCCCUGGAUCGCACGAAAUGACUCCGACGAGGCCAUCCAUGCUGCCGCAGCUUAGCACAGAUCCUUCUGCUCACGAUUUGGAAAGUGACAAGCUGAGAAAAGAAAUUGUUAGGAGUCUCAGCCCACUAAAGCAGUCUGACUCGUCUCUCCAGCCUGGUGCGCCGAGUCUGAACAAUCGAGAAAGCUCGAUUCUGCCAAGUGAAUAUGAGAGCUAUUGGGCCGAUGGAAACCCGGACAAGGACGUUGCUCGGCAAUCUGUGGUGCAGCCAAGUCAUGAACUUGGAGCAGUACUAGCCCCCUCGGCUGGACAAAGCACUCCAGAACCAAGGCCUGGUCUUCUGGACAACCGAUUCAGCUGGGAACGAUCAGCCGAGGCGGGCCCUCAGAUCUCAAAUGCACCCACGAUGCCGACUUCGCAGGCAGACACCGUUGCGAGUCCCUCUACGGCGCGUGCCGACGUUGAAUCACCACACGAGGAGUCUUAUGCUGGAGUUCCCGAGCCAUACUUUGGCCCUGGUCAUGCGACUUCGGGCGCACAAAUUGUCCCGCAAAUAGCGGAGCCGGAAGCAAAGCCUGAGAGUAAGAGUCUGCUCGGCCAGGCUGAAGUAAACAAGAAGGCGGAAAGUCCGGUCCACUAUGAGGCUAACGAACUGACCUCGCCUGUCUCACCAAACAGGCCUUCUUCAUCCGAAGGACUACACGUCGUGAACUCUGCAGUCGAUCCCGAGGCCGUAGAUAUGCCUCCGCGGCUAGCUGAGGAGGUGGCAGAAGAAAAGGAAGCGCAGCAAAAGUCCGCAGAAGCUCAGCAAGCGCCGAAGCCAACUUCCCACGAGGCUCCGCUGGGUCCACGCCCACCGACAGCUAAGAGUCCACAGCCUAUUUCUCCUUCGGGCAAGCCUCUGGGAUUUCGAGAAAUCCUUGCAAUCAGAUCUGCCCCGGAUCGUAUCGCCACCUACAACAGAACACGGGAUUACUGGGCAACCACAGAUCAUAGCUUACAUGAAUGGAUGACGAAGACACUGGCGGCAAACCCUGAACAUGCUUCCUUGUCCAGUCUGACGUCGCGGCCGACCAUGGCGACUCCAGCUUCAGGUUCUCUGCGUCAUAGGCCUACUGCGUCAAUUUCACUUUUCGGCAAAAGCACAUCAUCCAGCGCACCGCAGCCAGCAACUCCAUAUUACGAGCAGUAUAACGCGGCUGCAUCUCAGCUGCCGCUUGGCGUCCCACCUACUACUCCUGGCGGUACGCCUUCCCAGCAGACCCCAUCAACUGGCGGAGCAGGGACCAGAAUUACUAGUCACCAACUUGAAAAGAAGGGCAAAGACUUGUUGCAUACUGCUGGGAUUUUUGGAGGCAAGGCAACUACGGGAGCAAAGGGACUAUUUGCGAAAGGCAAGAGCCGCUUCAAGUCGAGCGGAUCAGACAAGGUAGAUCAUUGAUUUCUAUUGCCGUGUCUUCAUUUCUAUUCUAGAUUGCAGUGUCGGGUGACGAAUCACGCGAUGGCGGCUUCAGGGUAGGAAGGGCUUUCGAGAGUCGCUGACCGCUCCUGAGCCGUCGUCGUUUCUUCAAUUCCUUUACCUUUUAAAUUCCUCUGGGCGUUUUGUCUGCUUACGAAUGCUUAUCCUGCGAAACUGUAUGUCAAUGGCCUCACGACCCCGUCAUGAUUGUGCACACUAUCUCAUGGGAGACUAGGGCCAUGUACAGCUCUUUUCAUAAUCACAAUGCUAAUUUAUUCUUGUCUCCUUGAACUUUCCCAC